GUAGUGUGGGCACUGGGCAUGACAGCCGGGCAGCACCUGGGACACAUGACAGAUCCCAGAAGCCGGCGGACCAAUCACAAAGCGCAAGUGCUUCUCGCUCAUGCGCACUGGGCACCCGGCUGUCAUGCCGAGCGCCAUUACAGAAGCCGGGAAGACAGCGCGCGGCUGGAUCGAGGAACAGGUAAGAUCGGGUACCUGUCAAAUUCAGGUACCCGCUCCCCACCUCCCCAAAGGUCAGCAGUCAUCUGUACUGUCCGCAGUCUCUGGUCAUCCCUGUGCUGUCCGCAGUCUCUGGUCAUCCCUGUGCUGUCCGCAGUC